AUGUCAAAUUGUCUGCAGGUUGAGGUGAGGUCCGCGCUGAAGCCGGACUUGAACGGCAACAACAACAACAACUCGGAGGCCCUGGCCAUCCUGGACGGCGCCGAUUUGCCGACCCGCGACCGGGAACUGCUCAAGCAGAUGUUCCAAGAAGAACGGCGCCGGCUGCAGGAGGAGAUGGAGCGGAGGGAAGAGUCGCUCAUGGCCAAGAUCCGGAGUCAGGAGCAGGAGAUCCGGCGUCUGCACAACAACUCUGCGCCGGCGACUGCGUUGGCGGGGCCAGCUGGGCCAGCAGGCAGCAGCAGCAGUCUGGCCGCGGGUGCGGGCGCUAAUCACCACAGGUCAACCGGGGCCAUCAGCAGCAACAAUAACAAUACUAAGCGUGCCAGUCCUACAGCGACUCUGGGGCAUGCUGAUGGUGGUGGUGGCAGGAUGAAGCCCAAGGCUGGCAAGAGGGCCUCUGACCCGACCUCGUCUGCUGCUGUUACUGCAGCAGCGACAUCUCAUCUACUACAUCCACCAACAGGAGGAGGAGGAGGAGCAAGUAGCAGUGCUGGCAAGUUGAAUCCUGCCACCAGGAGAAACACUUACAGGCCACCAUUGCCUGGCAAGAAUAAAUCCUCCUCUGGAGGUUCUGUGGUCAGUGUUCCUGCAGCUACAAAACCCCGUGUAUGGAUGAACUUCAACGUGGACCGACUGCCGAAACACGAGGAGAUUUGCGCCAAGACGAGCAGCAAAGUGCGGAAAAAGUACGACGCGGCCAAGAUGCGGACGCAGGGCCUGGAAGGCGAGUUGAUGCCGGGCCCCUCCUCCAAUAAGCGGGCUGUGAUGCAGGGAGGCGGCAACAAAAGGGGCGGCGGUGGUGGUGGCAAAGCAGCCGCCGCCUCUUCUUCUUCUUCUUCCCCUCAGGGGAACAAGAACAAGAAGGACUGGAGGGCCAAGCGGGAAGAGUUCCUGGAGGCCAUGCGGGAGGCCAAGAAGGUGCAGAAGCACUUGGCGGCCGGCGGGAAGCUGGAGGACUUGCCGCCGCCCAAGCCCAUGGACACCUCCGACUACAUCCCGUGUCCGCACUGCGGCCGCAAGUUCGGCGAAGCCGCCGCCGACCGACACAUUUCCAAGUGUGCCAAUAUCAAGUCCAACAAACCCUCGCGUUGAUUGCCUGACUUUUGAUUUGACCGAUUGAUUCAUUGAUUGAUUAACCCCCGCGCCGAUAUGAUCAUCCCACCGACACACCUUUUUAAUUAUACUGCCCUCACCUGUGCGAAAAGAAAAGCAACAGCAGCAGGGGGAUGAGGAUUCAAGCAUAAUUAUAUAGAUGCUGCUGCUGAGUAUUUGGCCCCUUGCGGAUUUUCCUUCCUAUUUUUCUUUUUUGAUGGAAAACGCGGACCCUAUUUAAAUAAAUAUGACUUCAGUGAUGGCCGAAUGGCCCAGAUUUUAGUCGUCAGCUCAAAUUUCCGAAAAUUAAAUGAUCGGACAUUACAGAGGCUAUGCAGUACUUAUUGAUUAAGUGCAGACCAUUCCAUUGGUUGGUUAUUUCAUCAUGAUUACGGUGUGUUAUACACCUAGUGGUGAAUAGGCGGACUGAGCGAGUGAGUAUUCAUGUCGCUUCAGUAUAGAUGUCGCCGCGGGAUGAGGGACGACGCCUUUAAGCUUGUCCGGUGUGUAGGUGGAGGCUUUCCUAAUGAACUAACCUUGAAUGUCCUCCUAUCCGUAAUGGACUUUCGAUUUCGAGUUGAACCCGAACCUUUACCCAAUUAUCUGUUCACUGUUUGAAAAUCAAGUCUAUGUUUGGUUGCAUCUUCGGAAUUAUUAUACGGACACUGUUCAUGAAGAAGGUAUCUUAAUAGUACUUUAGGCAAAUGUUUGAUUGCCAGCGGAAAAGUUAACGCAAGUUUCGAAGCUUUCUUCUGGAAUUUUAUCCCUGUAUUCUGCCGGAGUGUCCAUUCCUUCCAAAGUCACUGUUGGAGAAAGAAAAAAAAAACCAUCUUCUUGAAACCCCAUAUUAUAGGACAGAAAUACAGUUAUAAAUUUGAAGAAGAAAAAAUGUUAAAACCUCGCUCGCUUUUCAAGAUAAGUUGCUCAUCAGGAAGUAGAUGGAUCAUCUCAUUAACAUCAUCGAACCUAUUAUGAACACCGAAAUUAACCCUGACCCACCCCUUUUUCACCCCCGUGUUCUUGGGACAAAAAUCGGUGAAAAUGGAGAAUUUGAAUGCGGAAAGAAGGGGCAUAACACGCGAAGGAAAGUCAAGCGUAACACGCACUUACAAACAUGGAUUUCGUUUGUUGUGAUCACAGAAAAAGGGUUGCUGACAUUUAAAAAAAAAAAAAAAGGUUGAAAUUUUGAACCAAGGUUGAUUGAUUGUGAUCGGAAAGAGAUGUUUGGUUUUCUUUUCCCUCGUGUGCUAACAAGAGAAACUGGAUGUUUUACGCGCAUUCGGAAGAAAGCUACCAGGGUUGUUACGUGCCCAACGAAUCAAAUAAAAAGCAUUUUUCGACAAAAAAAA